AGUCGAAGGAAAGAGCAGAGCCCGGGACUCUGAACGCAGACAUUCACUCAGGAAAAAUUCUCUCAUGUCAUCUGAGAUCUUUUUGGGGCUUUCGAUGAUUGACAACACGAAUGUGUGUUUUAUUCAAAGACCGAAGAUGGUGUUUAUGGUUGUUGUUUUUUUAACACUCUUAAAACCUGUAAGAUCACACAUGAUCUAAAAUAUUAUUUGCUUUCCUCGAGAGAGAAAAAAAAACAUGGUUUCAUUUACAAACAUGGUUCUGGAUAUAUAUAUCGCUGAUAUUGUAGGACAUGUAAAUACAUGGAUGAUUCCAAAAUUGUUGGUAAGUGAGGCGCCAAUAGAAGUAACGUUAAUGGUUUGGGAACAAAUCUGUUACUAAUUUUCUCCCGUACGUGUAAAUGUAGAAUCUAACGCAUGGAUGUGUUAGUUUUUAAUGCUUCUUUUUAUUGCGUUUUUGUGGUGUGAAGAACAACACUGUCACAUUUACAUUGAGUGUUUUGAUACUCUGAGACUGUUCCUAAGCGAGAGCCAUGAUGGCCAAACAUUGUCCUAAUGAUGACCUGAGUAAGAUCCCUGACGAGGAACUGGUCAGGUGGAGCAAAGAGGACUUGAUCAAGAGACUGAGGAGGGUUGAUGGUGAGAAGAUGAACCUGAUGCUUGAGCAUGGGAACAUGAUGAAGGAUAUCAACCGCAGACUGCAGGUGCACCUCCACGAGAUUCGCAAUCUCAAGGAGAUCAACCAGAAACUGCAAGACGACAACCAGGAGCUCAGGGAACUCUGCUGCUUUCUGGACGAUGACCGACAGAAAGGUAAGAAGCUGUCUCGGGAAUGGCAGAGGUUUGGGAAGUUUACGGCGAGCUCCGUAUGGAAGGAGGUGAGCACCUAUCAGCAGAAGCUCAAGGAGCUGGAGAUCAACCAGGAAAACGUUCUGCGGGAGAACGCAGAGCUAAAAGACAUCAUUCUCAUGUUGGACGAGGACAGGAACGGAGCUGGAUCGAGGAGUUCUAUAGACAGUCAGUCCAGCCUGAGCAACCUCAAUGGAGGAUCGGGCACUGUAAGAGAUGUUGGCGAUGGGAGUAGCACAUCUAGCGGUGGAAGCGCUAGCAGCCCAGACCAUCAUCAUAACCAUAUCCACAAGACUGUAGAAGCAAAGAGUGGCACUGCGAGAAGAUCAAUGGAUGAUCUGCCCGCUCCACAUCAUCACAGGAGCAUCCCCACUGGUCUUAAUGAUGCAUCCUCCAACUACAUUCGGCAGCUGGAAACCAAGGUCCGGAUUCUAGAGGAUAAUAACAACAAACUGCUGUCACAACCCUGUAGCCGCUACAGCUUAUCAAAGCUGUCCAUGAAGUAUAAUCCGGGAGACCUGCGAGCCCUGAGGAAGGGCAUGACCCUUUACCACUCAGAAUCACAGCUGUCUUCCCUCCCGCAGAGACAGGAAGCCCUGCUGAACGGCACUGGAAGACUGCAGACCAGUGAAUCUUCUCCUUCCACUGGAUUUAUCUCAUCUGCACAGAAACCUGAAGCUGUGGUUCAUGCAAUGAAGGUUUUGGAGGUACAUGAUAAUCUGGAAAAGCAGCUUCCAGAAGAAAGUGAGGAAGACCUGAGUGAAAAAGAGAAGGCCAUAGUGCGAGAAAUGUGCAAUGUGGUGUGGAGAAAGCUGGGCGACGCAACAGGUUCAAAGCCAUCCCUCCGACAGCAACUCUCUGGAAAUCAGUUCAAAGCUCCUCUAUAACGAGAACAUUUCUCCUCUUCAUCCUCCGUGCAAGACCAAAAUGCUUUGGUGACACAAACGCUCCACCUUCUUCCAUGUCAGAUCAUUUGGAGUCGAACGUGCCAUUGACGUUGGAUCACUGCACACCAGUUUUCAGAUUUUGCAUUCAGUGAACGUUCAAAGCAAUAAUCACAUUAAACUAACAUUGUUUUCCUCUUAAUUAUAUACGUUUUUUUGUUGACAAAAUGGUUUGGAUAUGAAUUUAUGGCCUUGACCCAAAUGGUGCACCUUCGAUGAGCCUUUUUAACAAUCCAGGACCAAUGCGUUCACAUGUAGACUCAGAGGCGAACCACAACGGAUGAUAUAAUUUGGGUUGAGAACCAAGAAGCCUGGCAGCUAGUCAUGUUUGGUCAGCUUGCGUCUUCUGUUUUCUUUUACCUCUUUUUUUAAAAGAUACAAUAACGUCAUAAAAGCAGGGUCCAUCAAACUUGCAAAAUAAGCAAUAGCAGAUAAAUCUCAUCUUGCGACUUAUGGGCUCCUGUUUGUGCAUCAGUAUGACAGAAAUUACUCUAUAAGGCAAUGUAAGAUAUGUAUAAAGGUUUUUAAUCAAUUUAUUAUAUCGUCUUUUUAAGUGUUUUUACUUUUUCUAGUGGUUGUUUUUACUACUCAACAGAGUAUAGGGUUUCUUGACAGACAAUGCAACUGAAACACAACAGCAGCACAACACAUGCUAAUUAUGAUUUUUCAAUUUUUGUAUAAAAAAAAGAUGCCAAUUACAACCUACAGUACUUAGACUUUGUAUGGUAAAGAUGUCAAAUGUUGAAACAGUGUGCUGUGCAUGCUUGACAAUCUAGUCUCUCAGGUCUUGAGAUACUUGUACAUGAAUAAGUACACUAACCAGCCAUUUAAUAAGGUACACCUGUCCAACUGCUCGUUAACACAAAUCUCAAGUCAGCCAGUCACAUGGCAGCAACUCAAUGCAUUUAGGCAUGUAGACAUGUGCUGCCUCCCAAUUCGCAUACUUAUACUACACCCUAAAAGUAUGUACUUUUUUGUGAAGGAAAAUUACACCCUUUUGAGUGUGUAACAGAAGGGUAUGAAAGCUUUUGGGACAUACUACUUCCUCGUAAACAGAUUGUUGUGUUGCUUAGUUACGAACCCUGUCAAUCAUCCACACAUCAUCCACAUUUCUUUCAUAUUUAAUUUCCUACCAUAUUGGAGAAGCAGCAGCAGAUUAAUUUCCCAUUCACGAGUCUUUCAUGCAGAGAAAUCUCCUCAGGUGUUUGGAUAAUUCUGCAUUCAGACGUUAAUGUCCAAACACGUCUUUAUAUAAGUUCAGUAUUGUUGUUGCAGAUUAAAUAUAACACAGAAAACGCGAUUAAAACAUGUUCCAUUGGGCUAGAUAUUAAUUAACAGUCAUACAAACAUCUUUACCGAAGCCUCUCUACUUGACGAUUGGUCUCACGCAUCCAUCAUGUUUGUAGUUUGUUUACAUAUUUCACCCGUGUUUGUAGUUCUAAAUCGAAUUCACAUCCUACGCGCAAUGUAUUGUGGGCAAUAUCAGCGGUUAGAGUAUGGACGCUUCUACACUUCAAGUUUUUUAUCGAAAAUAGUAAACCAUGCGGGAACCUUUGGCAUACUCUUUUCAAAAUACUACGAUUUGGGACAUACUAAUUCUAUUUUCAAAUACCAUUUAGGACAGAUAGUAUGCGAAUUGGGAUGCAGCAAUGGUCAAGACAAUCUGCUGAAGUUUAAACCGAGUAUCAGAAAGUGAUUUAAGUGACAUGAACUUUGAACGUGGCAUGGUUGUUGGUGCCAGACGGGCUGGUCUGAGUAUUUCAGAAAAUGUUCAUGCACAACCAUCUCUAGGGUUUACAGAAACCAAAAAAGAGAAAAUAUCCAGUGAGCGGCACUCCUGUGGGCGCAAAUGCCUUGUUGAUGCCAGAGGAGAAUGUUCGAGGACUUGUUCGAGCUGAUAGAAAGGCAACAGUAAAUCAAAUAACCACUCAUUACAACCGAGGUAUGCAGAAGAGCAUCUCUGAACACACAAAACGUCCAACCUUGAGGCAGAUGGGCUUCAGCAGCAGAAGACCACUCUGAGUGCCACUUCUGUCAGCUAAGAACAGGAAAAUAAAGCUACAAUUCAUACAGGCUCACCAAAAUUGGACAGUAGAAGAUUGGAAAAACGUUGCCUGGUCUGAUGAGUCUCGAUUUCUGCUGCGACAUUUGGAUGGUAGGGUUAGAAUUUGGCAUCAACAAUAUGAAAGCAUGGAUCCAUCUGCCUUGUAUCAACGGUUCAGGCUGCUGGUGGUGGUGUAAUGGUGUGGGGGAUAUUUUCUUGGCACACUUUAGACCCAUUACUUUGUUGAAUUUAUGCCAUGAAGGAUUAAGGCAGUUCUGAAGGCAAAAAGGGGUCCAACCCAGUACUAGUAAGGUGUACCUAAUAAAGUGGCCGGUAAGUGUACAUUUACAUGGGUCAUUCUUUAUUUGGGGUGGCAAAUGAGAGGAAGAAUUUAUUAAAGUACUUUUUUUUUUUCUUUUCUUUUUUUUAUAAAAUGUAUUGUUAUGAAAGCAGCAACCAUUGACUUCCAUAGCAUUUUUUAAAGUCAAUGACUGCUUUUUUCCUCAACAUUCUUCAGAUUAUCUUGUUUUGUGUUUUCUGUAAACAGAUUUAGAACCACUCAAGUGUGAGAAAAUAGUAAGGGCAUUAUUUAUUUAUUUUUUUAAUUAUCUAUUUAAAAGUGCACAAAUAGUUUGUGCCCUACAGAAUACAAACAUUUCAUGAUUAAUUGGUAUUUAACUUUUAUUUCAGCUGUAUAGGGACGUCUCUUGCCACCACAAAUGAAGAAUGACCCACAUCAUGAUGCAUCUGAAGCGAUAGUUUCAGCCCCUAUUGUUAUUUUGUCAUGUCUUUGAUUAUGGUGACACUUCCUGUGUACCUUUUAACUGACCCAUUACAAAUCAAGACAACUUUUAUAUGACUAAAAUUAAUAUGCUAACCGAAUGUUUAAAGACCUAGUUUGUUCACUUUGACCCCAUGUAAGGGUGACCUACAGAUCUAAUCCUCCUGAAAGCCUUUGCACGUUAUGCUGUUUGGUGUCCACAUUGAUGCGUGGCAGAUAAUUACUAUGGUAAAUGAGGCCAAAGUUUACAUUCAAGAAAGUUUGUGUGUUUUACAAAAAAGUGGACUCAUUGUCUUCUCCUAAUGUAUUACCUGGAAAGAAAACUGCACUUAUCUUGCAAUUUCAUGCCAUUUAAAGGACUAGUUCACCCAAAAAUGAGUAUUCUGUUACUCACCGUUGUGUCGUUUCAAUCCUCUAAUACUUUUAACCUUCAUAACACAAAUUUUGAUAUUUUAGAUGAAAUCUGAGUGCUCUCUCAUCCUCCAUAGACAGCAAUUAUCCUGAGAUGUUUAAAAUCCAGAAAAGGAACCAAUAACAUUUCAUGUGACUUUGCAUGUUUCUACAGGUGAUUUGACGCUUGAGUGUCCCACUGCUGACAUUAAAGAGGGUUGCAAGGCAAGUUUAUUUAUAUAGCACAUUUCAUACACAAUAGUAAUUAAAAGAUCAAAGUGCUUUACAUAAACACGAAUAAAAGAAACAAGAAAAUAAAAACAACAAAGAAUAAAAAUUCUUAAAAACAGAUUAAAAUGUGUUAAAACAAGUUAUAAAGGAAUGAAAAAAAGAAGACAUAAUAGUCAAUCUCUGCGCAUUCAGUAAAGGCACAGCUAAACAGAUGUGUUUUCAGUCUGGAUUUGAAUGUGCCUAAUGUUGGAGCACAUCUGAUCAUCUCUGGAUGCUGAUUCCAGCAGUGAGGGGUCGAACUGGCCGAAGGCUCUUGGAACUUCUAAUGUAUAUGAUCCUAAAGAUCUGAGUGAUCUGAUAGUUUGGUAUUCAGUGAGCAUAUAUGUAAUGUAUUGAGGUCCUAGGCCAUUUAGUGAUUAAUAGACUAGUAGUAAUACUUUAAAAUCUAUUCUGAAUGUAAGAGGGAGCCAGUGUAAAUACCUGAGGACAGGUGGGAUGUCCUCUGAUUUUCUGGUUGUAGUCAGAAUUUUGACAGCAGCAUUCUGGAUGAGAAUGUUUUCUGAUUGACAAUAACAUUGGCAAUCACCUACAGCCAAUGAGAGAGCAGCAUUCACUAGUACGGGUACCCGCAGGCCAGCGGAAGGUUGGGGAACAAGUUAAAAGCAUUCAUUUUUAGUUUAUUUGGACCCAAGAAAUGGAGGAAAAACUAGUGUCAAUUUGCCACGAGCACUGUGUCUGUUUGACGUGUCAUCUGAUCAAUAUCACAAUCAGGUCGAAAAGUAAAAAAAGUUGAGAAGAGAUUGCUAAUUCCCUUCAACAGCCAGGUGAGCAACACGUUUCUAAACCUAACGCCUUCUUUUUCCAUUAUGUAGUUAAUAACGAAAGAUAUAUUACGUGACAUCGCAUUGUUUCCAUGUCACUUCUCGCGUGUUAGGUUGUGAGACGUAGUUUGGACAAAGUUGUCUGUGAUUCUUCCUAUUUUAAAGUCAUGCAGUGUGAACUCUCCUGUCGUCGAUCCAUUCUACAGUGCCCUAAGGGUGUCCACCAAAGCGUUUUUGCGCAGCUAAAUAUUCAAGCAUUCUUUUAAUUGAAAAUAAUAGAAGCUGCUCAGCUCAGGAAAAUUCUUUGGUGGACACUCGCUGUAAGCAUAGAAAGUUGUUGACCAUGCGUCUUAUGAUCUCGGGAUUGUUGCUGUCUAUGGAUGAUGAGGGAGAUCUCUGAUUUCAUCUAAAAUAAUUUACUUUCUAACGAUAAACAUCAAUGAAGGUCUUAAUGGAUUGAAAUGACGUGAGAACGAGUGAUUGUCAGAAUUUAAAUUAUUAUCUGAUCCUAUAAAUAUGUGCUGCAGAGAAUUAUUUGCCCUGAAAGUUUGGGGUAGGUCAUUCACUAAUACAUUACAUAUUUCUCAUCCACUGGCUAAUUUGUCAGUACCUGUCAGUAUUAUUUAACCCAAUUUAUGUUUAAAUGAAACACAUAUGCCCUCAUAGGUCUGAAAAGCCUGCUGUUUGAUAGGGAACAAUUUUAACAUCAAUCCUAAAUAUUGAUAGAGGUCUGGAUAUAUAGCAAGUGAUGUUCGGCUCAUUUAAAUGCACGUCUGAAACAGUUUCUUUUUCCUGCAAAAUAUUUUCAGUGUCAGAUAAACUGUUUUUAAACAGCCAUGCAUAUGAAUGAAAAAACAAGGCUGUGUUUAGAAUACAAUACUGGCAUAAUGCUUAUUGUGCAAUACAUAUCAGAUAUGAAUAUUUUAUGGACAAUUCUAAUGCACAUGUUGAUACCAUAAAGAAAGAAAUUGUAUUUUUGAUUAAAUUCAGCUCAAACUCAAAAAUGAAGGUUGAGCACACUGCAUUCUGCUAUGCAUUAUUGUGCAAUGUGUAUUUUGUUAUAGUAUAUACUGCAGAAAUAUGCAGUGUUAAAUUAGUAUGCCAUUCUGAACAUGUCCAGAAGUUAUUUUGUAAAAGGAUAAAGGCUUAAGAUAAAUGUUUGAAGAGUUCUAGCAUAGGUGUUUAAUCUUGAAACCUUUAUUGGACGAGGAACCAGACUUCAUUAACAUAGAUAACAAUAUGAUUUUUUAUUUAAGUCAUAAAAGUUCAAAAGAUUUGUAAUAACCCCCAAUAACACUCCAGGGUUUUUUUUAUUUACAAUCAGUCGAAAGUUGAAUGAGUGCCCUAUAAAGGGUUAAUGGUGCGAUUGAUGUCUCACUUAUAAUACGUUGCUACUGUUAUUAAUGAAAAGUGUUGGAAAAAGAUCUUAUACAGAAUAAAAAGUGCACUCUCUCUUGGGAAAUGGUCGAACCACAAAGCCAUGAUUAUAUUUUUGGCAUGUGCUGCCUCUUUUGUGCAUGGGUUUUAUUUGUUACCAAUGCCCUGUGCUUUUUCAUUGUGUAAAACCUCUGAGGUUCACCCUGUUUUCUGUGUUAAUAAUAAAAGGACUGCAUGACUGCAGGAGACAUCGAGUGGAAUUUUAUGGCAAAGAUGUAAAUGAAACAUUGUAAAAAGUGAACCAAUUGAUUUAUCAAUAAAAAGACUAUUGCUUUCAA